AUUUCUUUCACCCUUAAGUGCGUGUGCGUGUGUGUUUUUCUCUGCGGGUGGUUUCCGAUGCAGAGCCACGGCGGAGCAGCCGCCGAUCAGUCGCCGAAGCCCGGGAAGAAGCCCAAAUCUCGAGAAGUGAGUUCGAGAUUCCUCUCACCAACCUCCAAUAAUAACUCGUCAUCAUCUCCAAACAGCGUUUCGCCACUAAAGCCAACUAAUUUUAAACCAGCAGCAGCAGCAGCAAGAUCUUCCACCGAUUCAAGAAAGCACAAAAGCUUCGACCACUCUUCGGGCUUUUUACGCGGGCUAUGGCCCUCUUCAAAGCCCGCCGACACUAGUAAUACUACCCUCGCCGACCACCUCGGACGAAACGACAGGCUCACAGACAACCUCGUACAACAACAACGCAAAACCAAACAAAAAACAAACCCAGUUGCACUAUCCUCCCUCGGCAGACAAAGAAGCUGCACAGAAUUCAGCAGAUUUGGGCAAGAUGACGACAAAAAGAUCCAGAAAGAAAAUCAUAAACCCGCCAUUUUCGGAGGAGGAUCCAUGAGAUAUACUGCCACGUCAUCAGGGAACUUCAAAUUCCCCGCGAAAUCCUCCUCCAAAUCUUCGAUCAACGAUCAGAACGAUAUUAUCGAUCAUGUCGUUCCAGGACGAUUUUCCGUAGACGAGACGGCGAUCAGAAGGAAAUCAUCCGCCCGAGGGUUUUUAUCCGAUUCCGAAUCCGAAUACAGUGAUGCUUUAUCCGCCGGCGGCGGCACCACCAUUUUCGACACCCCCGCGGCGUCCUACAUGGCUCCCACCGUCAGUUCGAGAAAACACGGCAUCGAAGUUCCUUCGAAAUUCAUGCACGAUCUAUCAUCGUCCAGGUCACGAAGAUGGAGCGCUGAUAAUAGUAAUAGUAAUAGUAAUAGUAGUAGUAAUAAUAGUAAUAAUAAUAAUUCUCCGAAGAUUUUCUCGUUGAAGAGUGCGAUGAAGGGUACUACUAAUAAUAAUGGGAGUUUGGAUUUUUCGCCGACGAAUACGAAGCCUCCGACGAGUCCUUCAAAGGGAAGAAAAGGAGUGGGAAAUAUUCUAAGUAUGGGGAUUUUUGAGUUGUUGAAAGGGAAGAAAUCUUCUUCUUCGAAUAAUUUUAAUGCUGUCGCCACGUCACCGCUCGGGCCGGGGUCGGUUGAGAAGGUUCAUGAAUUAAGGUUGUUGCAUAACAGUUUGAUGCAGUGGAGGUACGCUAAUGCCAGAGCUCAACUUGUCAAUGGGAAUGUCAUUCAACAGGCUGAGAGAAAGUUGGUGUAUGUGUGGGAUGGACUGAUUAAACUUCGGCAAUCUGUCCUACAAAAGAAAUUGCAGCUACAAAAGGAGAAGCUCAAAAUGAAACUCAACUAUAUUCUUCACUCUCAAAUGAAGGCACUCGAAAUGUGGGGAAAUAUGGAAAAACGACAUUUAUCAGCCGUUUCUACUACCAAAGACCAUCUGCAUUCGGUUGUUUGCAGAAUACCCCUCGUUGACGGAGCUAAGGUCGAACAAGAAUCAGCUUCCAAUGUUGUGAGACAUGCAUCACAUGUUGCAGCAUCCAUCGACACGAUGAUAACUACUUUCUCACCGGCGAUUGAGAAAACAGUAGUAGUGGUGGCUGAAUUAGCAACGGUAGUCUCACAAGAGAAGCUGCUGUUACAAGAAUGCUUUGAGCUUUUCAGUAACAUUUCUGCAUUAGAGGUCACCAAAUCUCUCUCUCUCUCUCUCUCUCUCUCUCUCUCGCCUCAACCGCUCCGCAACUUCCCUCAAAACCGCCCACAAGGGUGGUUUUCGAGGCCCAACUUAACCGGACGCGCGCGCACCGAACGGCCCAAACAGCCCGGCCGGUUGCUAGGCAGCCCAUCUGCUUUGCCUUUUCCGCACUUUUGCUUGCCUUUACCGAUUAUUUGCCAGUCUUUGCCCACACGGUCUUUAGCACGCCCGCACAUCGGGCUGCCUUCAUUGACUUGCCAAUCAGUCAUGCCAAAUUGCCCACACUUGUCAAGUCGUGGUCGAUUUCCCUCGAACGUUCGUUUGCCCAAGUUAUCGGCCACAUGCCGAUUACAGCCCACGAUUGUCCGCAUUUGCUGCCGAGCAACGCCCGUUCCAGCCACUAGUACUUCCGAUCACCGUUCCCACUUGAAUCAAGCCGAUCCUUGCUUUUCUCGGACAAACACCCCAAAUGCUUGCCCGACACUCGACCACUCAUUGGCCGAUUGUGUGGCUGUCUUGUGCCAAUCCCCACUUGGCAUUAUUUCCCGGCCAUGA